UCUCUCAAUCCCUUCUUUAAAUUCUUUUCCAUUUCAUCAUUUAUUUUCCAGCGUUGGAUCCUCCAUCCAACGACAGACAUUAACUAAACGUACAAAAUUGGGACCCCAAAGUUACAUCAACUCGCUUUUGCUACGUACUUGUUUAGGCGUUAAACAAAGCAAAAGAUUUUAUUACCAUAAUUAUUUUAGAAGGGUUUUAGUAUGUCAUCCAAAAUUAUAAUGAAGUUCUUAGCUGACUAUCUAAAAAGCUGAGAGUACAAAUAGAGAAGGGGUUAUUAAAGGUCAGCAAGAACAAGAACAAGAACACAGCUACCCUUUUCAUUUCUUUGGUUUUUGGGAAGCUUUUUAGGGCUUGGGGUUUGUUGGAGAUCAGAAACAAAUGGGGAGAGGUAGGGUUGAGUUGAAGAGGAUUGAGAACAAGAUCAAUAGGCAAGUAACUUUUGCUAAGAGAAGGAAUGGACUUUUGAAGAAAGCCUAUGAGCUUUCCGUUCUUUGUGAUGCCGAGGUUGCUCUCAUCAUCUUCUCCAAUAGAGGAAAGCUGUACGAGUUUUGCAGUAGUUCAAGCAUGAUCAAAACAUUGGAGAGGUACCAGAAGUGCAACUAUGGAGCUCCAGAGACAAAUGUAUCAGCCAGGGAAGCUCUGGAGUUAAGCAGUCAACAGGAAUAUCUGAAGCUUAAAGCACGUUAUGAAGCCCUACAAAGGUCCCAAAGGAAUUUACUAGGAGAAGAUCUGGGCCCUCUAAACAGCAAAGAGCUUGAGUCGCUUGAGAGGCAGCUUGAUUCAUCAUUGAAGCAGAUCAGAUCAACGCGGACCCAAUACAUGCUGGAUCAGCUCACUGAUCUCCAACGGAAGGAACAUCUGCUUAAUGAAGCCAAUAGGACCCUAAAACAAAGGUUGAUGGAAGGCUACCAAGUAAAUUCACUCCAGUUGAAUCCAAAUCCAGAAGAUGUCGGCUAUGGCCGACAGCCAUCUCACCAGCCUCAGUGUGAUGGCUUCUUUCACCCAUUGGAGUGUGAGCCAACAUUACAAAUUGGAUAUCAGCCUGAUCCUAUAUCGGUGGUCACCGCGGGCCCAAGUUUGAAUAAUUAUAUGACAGGAUGGCUACCAUGAUAUAUAUAUAUAUAUAUAUAUAUAUAUAUAUAUA